CGGUUGCAUCACGCAGUCAGUGGCUGCAGGUCUUGGCCGCGCCGAGCUGCAGAGCGUCUGCAGGAAGUGGGCAGAUGUUUGGCGAGGACUACCAGGUGUUCCUGUCCGAUGGGCGGGAGCUCGGCCAGGUGUGGGUGCUGGGACACGGCGAGGGAGCCCACGCCGGGGCCUGUUUCCCUAAGCAAGAUGCCGAGCGCGGAGGCGGUCACAUGAUCUCGACCGAUGACCUGGAGUACCCGCGGGAGUACCGGACGCUGGGCAACAGCGCGCGGCGCUUCUCCAACGUGGGCCUGGUGCACACGUCGGAGCACCGCCACACCGUCAGCGCCGCCCAGAGCCUGGAGGCCCUGACCAACCUGCACAAGGUCGACAUGGAGCGCAAGAGGGACGCCUUCAUGGACCACCUGAAGAGCAAGUACCAGCAGCAGCAGCACCAGCAGCAGCAGCAGCUGCAGCAGCACGCGCACCACAGCCCUCACCACAACCCGCCGUCCCCCUCGCCCUCCCACGCCAGCAUGAGGGGAGCGUCGGAGCGGGCUGCACGAGAACAGCAACAACCCAACUACUGGAGCUUUAAGAGCCGCAGUCCACGGCAUUCCCAGUCCACCCAGUCCGGGCUGGCCGAGCAGGCCGCCAAGCUCUCCUUCGCCUCCGCCGAAUCCCUGGAGACCAUGUCGGAGGCCGACAUCCCCGUCGGCUUCAACCGGAUGAACCGAUUCCGCCAGAGCCUGCCGCUGUCCCGCUCCGCCAGCCAGAACAAGCUGCGAUCUCCAGGUCAAGAUUUUAACCGGCAUGCCGGCGUGCUGUUCCUGCAGUACGGGGACGAGACGCGCCGCGUCCACAUCACCCACGAGCUGAGCAGCCUGGACACGCUGCACGCCCUCAUCCUGCACAUGUUCCCCCAGAAGUUGACGGCAGGUAUGCUGAAGUCGCCCAACACGGCCAUCCUGAUCAAGGACGAGGCGCGCAACGUCUUCUACGAGCUGGAGGACAUCCGGGACAUCCAGGACCGCAGCAUCAUCAAGAUUUACCGCAAAGAGCCCAUCUACGCGUCGUACCCUGCUGCCGCACACCUGGCUAACGGAGACCUGAGGAGGGAGAUGGUGUACUCCUCUCGCGACUCCUCCCCGACCCGCCGCCUCAACAGCCUCCCCUCCUCCACGGCCCCGGCCUCCUCCGGCUCCCCGUCGCGCUCGCGCCUCUCCUACAGCGGCGGCCGCCCGCCGUCCUUCGCCGGAUCCCACCCCCAGCACGAGCAGUCCCGGCACCCCCACCAUCCCGCGGCCGGCCACGCCGCCAACUCGGGCCUGUCCCCGUCACCCAGCGCCAUCCUGGAGCGCCGCGACGUGAAGCCCGACGAAGAGGUCUCCGCCAAGAACAUGGCGCUGAUGAAGAGCGAGGGGCUGUACGCGGACCCCUACAGCCUGAUGCACGAGGGCCGCCUCAGCAUCGCCUCCACCCAGUCGCUGGCGGCCAUCGGGGACCCCUUCAGCUUCCCCGUUACCAGCGGCCUGUACCGCCGCGGCUCCGUGCGCUCCAUCAGCACUACUCCGCCGCCGCCGUACCAAGGGGACCUGGAGGACUCCCUUUACAAGCCCGGCGGCUCGCUCUUCGACACGUACUCCUCGGCCACGCUGGGGAUGGGCUUUCGCAUGCCGCCCUCGUCCCCGCAGAAGAUCCCCGACAUGCAGAUGAGAGACAGGGACUCGUAUUCCAGCUCCCCCAGCAGAGCCUCACCCGUCAGGCAGGCCUUCCGCAAGGACUCGGCCUCCUCCUCUGUGUUCGUGGAGAGCCCCAAGUCGAGGCCCAGCUCCGGCUCGGAGCCUCUGUGUCUGACAGCCGGGCCAGGGGAGGGCGGCAGGGCCACGCCCGGCUUCGGUUCCUCGAUGUCUGGACAGGACCCAGACAGCAGCAGGGAUCAUCGUCUGGAGCGUAUGGAGGCGAUGGAGAAGCAGAUAGCCAGCCUUACUGGCCUGGUCCAGAGUGUGCUGACCAGGGCACCAGACAGCGACAGCACAUGCGGCCUGCUGCGUCUCUGCAUGAUGGCGGGCUGCCCUCCGGACCAAGGGACGGAGUUCUCACGGACAUUACCUUUCUCUUCCAGCGAGAAGACCGAUACCAACAGUGACGGCUCCGCCACCGGAACUGGACGGCUGAAGCAGAAAGCUCACACGCCGUCGGCCCCGCUCGCUCUGAUGCCGCCGCCCCCUUCCAACACAACGCCGGUGAACGGCGCCUCGCGCCUGCAGAUGCAGCUCCACCUGCACGGCCUGCAGCAGAAUGCCACCGACCUGCGCAAACAGCUCGGCCAGCUGCGCAAAACGCAGAUGGAGAACCAAAAUUCAGUGCGAACUCUGCUGAAGCGGACGGAGGCGGAGCUGAAGGUGCGCGUGGCCGACGCCCUGAGGAAGCAGGAGGAUCCCCUACAGAGACAGCGCCUCCUGGUGGAGGAGGAGAGACUCAAGUACCUCAACGAGGAGGAGCUCAUCAUCCAGCAGCUCCACGACCUGGAGAAGUCCGUGGAGGAGAUCCAGAAGGAGUCGUCUGUCAACCACAAGCUGGUGCCGGUGGCGGAGCUGGAGGAGAAGGCCGCUCUUCUGAGGAGGCUGGGAGAAACACUCGCGGAGCUGAAAAGUCAGUUCCCGGGUCUGCAGAGCAAGAUGCGGGUGGUGCUCAGGGUGGAGGUGGAAGCCGUCAAAUUCCUGAAAGAAGAGCCUCACAGGCUCGACGCCCUUUUGAAGCGCUGCAAGACGAUAACCGAGACCCUCGCCACCAUGCGCAGACAAGCUAACGAGGGCGUGUGGAAGAAGCAGGAGGACUUCUCUGGUCCUUCGUCGAAGCACAACGACGACAUGCGCAAGUUCUCGGACUUCGACGUCUCCGGCAGCCCGCUGCUGACCAUCAAUGACCUCGGGGUUGGCAACAGCCUGUCCAACUGGAGCCCCCACGCCAGCCUCAGCCGAGGCCACGGGAGCCUGUCCGGCCCUCACAAGGACAAUCAUCCUCCGGUCCCCCACAAGGGCAAAGCCCUGGAGGAGCUGGAGCGCCGGGCUUUAGCCGACAAAGCUUUAUCCGUGGAGGUCCGACUGGCGGCAGAGCGGGACUGGGAGGAGAAGCGGGCCAGCCUGACCCAGUACAGCGCCCAGGACAUCAACCGGCUGCUGGAGGAGACACAGGCCGAGUUGUUGAAGGCCAUUCCGGACCUGGACUUUGCUGCCAAGCAAAUAAAGCCGCCCUCCAACGCGGCGUCCGCCCAGAACCCGCAAAGUGGGGGAGGAACCGCGGACCACCGCGUCAGCAAGCCCCAGCACAAGCUGUCCGGCAAAGAGGGGGGAUCCCGGCGGGGCUCUGAUGAGCUGACGGUACCGCGAUACCGCACAGAGAAACCCUCCAAAUCUCCUCCUCCUCCGCCGCCUCGACGCAGCUUCCCGUCUUCUCCGGGCCUCACCAGCCGCAGCGGAGAGCCCCUCAUCCCUGGGAAAAGCAUCAAGAAGUCCGAAUCUGAGGAGGCCGAAGCCCAGAAGCUGCACGUAAAACUGAGGCGGACCGUGUCGGAAAACCCCCGGCCUGCGUCCACACCCCCCACCCUGGCCUCCGGGGACAAGGAGGACAGAGAGGAGGACAAAAUCGCUGCCGAAUUAGAGGGAAGCCGCUUGUCUCCAGAGGAAAGGGAUUCCUCUAGUAGCCCCCCUCGGCGAGAGCACAGCUGUCUCGGGCAGGGGGUGGCGUUGCUCCUGACACAGCUGGAGGUGAGGGUGGUGUCUCCGGUGGAGGCCCAGGAGUUCAGCAGAACCUUAGGACCCGCUCUGCUGACCCUCAUCAUCUCCCCGCACACUCACGAAGUCCCCGCGGUGCAGCUGAGGGUUCGGCCACUGCUUGUGCUCCUCAGGAGUGGGCGGGGCGUCAGGGACGCCUACGGGAUGCUGCAUUCCCUUUUGGAGUCGUCCAAGCCGGCGGCCAAGCCCAGAGCGGGACGCUCCCUCCACCCGGGCCAGCAGAGCUCUCUGCUGGAGGCUCUGAGGAGGGGCAUGGAGACGGGGGAACCCGUGCUGGCGCUUCGCCGCGGCGAUGGGGCCGAGACUCCGGGGGCGCAGCAGACAUCGGCGGACACGGAGCCCGGUGAGUCCGGCCCCUCUGCGGACCGGCAGAGGACGACGAGAGACGCCUACAGGCGGAUGGACAGCUUGGAGGAAACCAUCCGUGAGCUGGAGAACACCUUGAUCGAGAUCAGCGGCCACCCGACUGCCGAGCAGCUCUACGCCGAGACGGCGAACGCCAAGCCGCCGGUCCCCCCCAAGCCGUCCUCCUUCAGGCCGCCGUCCAUCCAGGGAGGGAACAGCUCGAGCCUCGGGAAGGUCCUCCACUCCUCGGCCGCCUCCAAACUGAAGCACCUGCAGCAGAACAGCACAGACAAGUCUAAGAGUGGCAGAAGAGAGGACUUCCUGAAGACCCAGCACCAGGCCUUGGGGACCAACAGCACCGGUGGCAGUAUUGAUCCGAUCCUCUCCAGUAUCAAAACGGGACUUUUCUCGGGCCGAGUGGCCUCUCCUGCGGCAGCGUUUGCCCCCGGCCUGAGGAAGUACCCCCAGGAGGGAGCAAAGCCCCCCCUGUCGCCCUCCUCCAGCCAAGCCAAGGCCCUGCUGGUGAGCCUGUCCGCCUCCGGGCUGAGUGCCGAGGCGCUGCUCCUCUCCUCCACCCUCCGCCAUCGCCGCCUUCUACGUGAGCAGCGAGCAUCCUCCCUGCCGCUGCCCAGCAGCCGGUCCUCCCCCGGCACCCCCACCGCCUCGUCCCCCACCUCCUCCUCUUCACCCACCACCCCGACUCCUUCCCUCUCCCCCUCCUCUCCCACCGCUUUGGCUUCCCUCUCCCCCGCAGCCCCCAAACCCAGCGGUUGUAGCUCCAGCCUCAACAGCAGCAAGGAGGGGGGCAGCGAGCGCGUGAAGACGGGCCUCGCCUCUGGGAGCUCUCGCUGAUGACGAGGAGGAGGACGAGGAGGACACGGGAGGAUUCAAGCACCAUCGCAUCAUGAACCAUAAGGAGGCAAAUGAUGAGAAAUCUACAUUAUGGGGACAUCCAGCUUAUUUUUCUUCUUGUUUUCUCCUCUUUCUUUCUACUUUCGGCCUCCAGUAUGUUUUCACAUUUUCACGGCAAGGACUCACAAACUAUAAACAAAGUCACAAGUUUCCUACUCUGAUCUGACUCCUCUGCAGUUCCCCCCCCCACGCCGCCAUACUGCCAGUUUGCCAGAUAGCGAGUGCACAAACGCCCCCCCCGGCUGUUGCGGUCCGGCUGGAUUUAGUAGCAGCCUCCUGUAGCCCAGCAGGGUCCUCGUAGGAGUGGACGUCGCGUGUGGACUGUGACUUUUAUCAGAGCUGCAAUAAUCGCCAAGUGAGUCCGGUGGUCGUGUGUGUUCAGGUUAAUUAUUGCUCUCGCUCACCUGCGUCACCCGACCGACAAAACCCAAACAAACACAUCCGGAGCAGAUCGAGGUGAUGAUUGUGGCUUCACGCUGUUUGUGUCAAAAGGGCAUUUGUGGCUUUUCUGGCACCACGGGUGUUUUAAACUGAACUGGUGCUAUAUUUUCUCCCCCCGUUUGUACACACCGAGGAAAGAGUUAAACCUGCGCUUUGUGUCACCGCUACAUUCACAUGAAUAUUCACACAAAGUCCAGGAACAACCGCAGGAAGUGCACGACUUUAAGGCGAUAGCGGACUCACAAAAGCACAUCGUAGGGAGCAGCGUCAUUGCAGCACAUUUGUAUUUGUAACAUUUGUAUUUGUAACGGGACCGGGAGGACGAAUGCGAGCGGGGCAGCAGCUGCAGAGGCGUGUUGAACUCCUCUAUAUGUGUAUUAACUAGUUAAUUAUGACAAUCAGGAUGUUUCCGCUGGCGCUUUGAGCACCUGGCAUCACAAACCUUCCCAAAGACUCAAGCACACACACACACACGCACACACAGUGAUGAAUAGCACACACAAACCGUCACGCAUUCUGAAGCCAAGGCUCGACUAGUAUUCUGUUUGGUGGUUUUGUGUCUGUGGAAGUAGAGCACUCGCACAUCGAGUGGUUUCCUUUUGAGGUCUUUGUCUCGUUUGAUCCUCAAGGUUGCUCUGAUGGCGAAGUUGCUUCCGAAGUAUUUAGCAAUUUGCAGGUCUCAUUGUAAAUUGUAACACCUGCUUUGAACAGGAAGAAAUAUAUGUCUUUCACUGCGGUGAACUGACUGCACUUGAACAUCUUUGGCGCCGUCUCAACCCUUCUGCGUCGUUUGACACAUUAACAAAGUUAAUCAGCAUCUAUUCAGACACACUUUGUCUCCUGAAGGACCUGAUUAAAAUACAUAGAAAGAAAGCACAGUUUCUGAGCAAACAAUUGGCCCUUCUCCUCUGAUCUUGAUCUUGGUAAUCUGCCUAAAUAUAACGAGCACAAAGCUAAAAACGUUCCUUUGAGGAGGAAGAAAACUAAACUACUUAAAAUACUGAGUGUUAGAUUCCCCCCGUUUGGUUUUAUUACCUGCACGUUGAAACAUUAAUGAAUGUGAGGCCUUUGCUGUGUGAGCUUUCACUAUCUGUAGCACAUGAAAGGCCUGUGAGGGCAAACCCGGCCCGAGGAACCGUUUUGCAGCUCCCGGCCCUGCGGACGUGAGGGGGUUUAACGCGUCAUAGACGGAGCGGUUUAUUUAUUUUUAUGGCUGUUCCCCGUGAAAUGGAUUCUUUGUGGCAUUGAGAUGGAAACAUGUGAGAGAGGGGAUGAGUUUGAAGGCUCCUUUAAUAAUCUCCGGUCCGACCUCUGAUCCUCCCACUUAGCUCUGGAGUCUAAGAGGCCCCCGUGUGAACGGUGCCAUGUGUAAUUAUCACAUGCAACUCCUGUUUGUCUGCAAGCACCUGUAACCAUGCCCCCCCAGUGCCUCAAAGACUUCUACCCCAGGUCCAUCCGCGUGUUCAGCAGGAGCACUUUUGCUCAAAGAAGGAGGCUUUGCCCCCCUUUUUUUUUUUUUUUUUUU